UUUAUAGACCCCCUGACACUCAAGGGUACUUAAAAGGGUUAUGCAACUCCCUGACACACUUAUUGUGAAUAAUUACAUAAACUAACAAUAUUCACGAUUAAAUUUGAUAUUCCUAUUUCAUUGGGAUAAUCUUCACUUGUUCAUAAUCUCUUUAAAUUUUGAGUUACUAUAUCCCAACUUGAACAAUAAAAAUUAAAUAAAAUUUGAUUAAUCAUUCCGUUUUAACAUAAAAAAUUCUCUACUCGGCUUGUUAACAUCCCUAACCUUGUCUUUAAACCCGAAACAAACACACUUUACUUACACCUGUUGGGUGGCCUUAAAACUUAGAAGCUGACAUUGCAACCUUAGCUUGGUUGAGUACGAGGCAAAGGUGCUGGUGCUCUGGUUUCUAAUAUACUUCUUUUUGGGAAUGAAUAUCUCUCUUUUCUCCUCCAUCCUCCUCUUUCUACUCUCACAACCCUUCAUUUUGGUUCAACAACCUUGGUUAAUGUAACUUACAUUAUUCAUUCAACAUUAUAAUUAUAAUGGAGGCAACUUUGUUCCGAUGCUCCAGUUAUAAUUCCCUCAAAUUUAAUCGUCUUCUUCCCAAAAAUAUCUCCAACUUUCCUCUUUUUAACCUUCGAUCUUCAGCUAUGGCUAAUUAUACAGAGAACGGAAAUUCAGUGAAAAAGAAAGCAUAUGAUGGGUUGUUGUUGGAUGCUGGGGGUACACUUUUGCAGCUUUCAGAGCCUGUUGAACAGACUUAUGCUAGAAUUGGAAAGAAAUAUGGGUUGAGUGCAACUCCACCUGAAAUAAAGCAAGGAUUCAAGAGAGCCUUUUCUGCUCCAUGGCCUGAGAAACUUCGCUACCAGGGUGAUGGGAGACCAUUCUGGAAGCUUGUUGUUUCUGAAGCUACUGGUUGUGCUGAUGAUAGCUACUUUAAUGAAGUUUACGAGUAUUAUGCAAAUGGUCAAGCUUGGCAUCUUCCAGAUGGGGCCCUAGAGACAUUGUUGUGCCUUAAGAAUGCUGGAGUUAAGUUGGCUGUUGUAUCAAACUUUGACACCAGGUUAAGGAAGCUAUUGAAGGAACUCGAAGUCAUAGAUUUGUUUCAUGCUGUCUUGGUAUCUUCUGAGGUUGGAUCUGAAAAACCAGAUGCACGGAUAUUCAAUGCUGCUUUAGAUCAGAUUGGUGUUGAUGCUGAGAAAGCGGUUCAUGUAGGGGAUGACGAACAGGCUGACAAGAGUGGAGCCAAUGCAGUUGGAAUCGAUUGUUGGUUAUGGGGAAAGGAUGUCAAGUCAUUCUCAGAUAUACGAGACCGUAUCCUUGUUAUGAACCAUUAAAAUCCGAAGAAGAUGGACGAGACUACCCUCACUGCCUCACAUACGGCUUUGCUAGAUCUUGCUUUAGAAAACUCGUGUGCCAUAAAAUUGUUAUUUUGAUGGACCUCUUGUUGUUUUCUUAGUUCUUACCGCGAUCAUUUUUUUUUGUUUUUGAUGUAAAAAUUAGUAGGCAAUAGUUUUGCUUGCUCCCGCGCACAAUACUAGCACCUUAUGUUUCCUCUGAGCAGCUACUUAGUUAUGUAACUAUGGUAUACUCUAGUCAAAGCUUACCAUGUUUGAUGGAAGUGUAGAUAGGGUGGUUUUACUAUUCACAUAGGAAUGGAUAUUUUUUUUUUUUUUUUUUUUUUUUUUUUUUUUUUUACCAUUCAGAGCAAAAUUGUUACUCUGUAUUUCUUAAUUUAUUUAAGUGAGCUUCUGUGUCGAGUUCAAAUCCCUACCUACCUUUUAAUAAGUAUGAGAGAGUUCUUAAGAAUAGUGUGCGGACGUUUAUACUCCUAAAAAUGUUUGUUUACUUAUUUGCUCCCAUUUAUAUCCCUAUCCAUACCUUUUAAAAAGUAUAAGAGAGUUCUUAUGAAUAAUGUGUGGACGUUUAUAUCCUUAAAAAUGUUUGUUUACUUAUUUGUCCCUAUUUAUAUCCCAAUAAAAGAAUAUAGUAGCAUAUCAAACAUUUACUUUUCUAUAAAUUGAUCAUUUUUAUCACUUCUUCACUAAAUCUAAAUUAACUCUACAAAAGUUUCGAAAAAUAUUACACGGUUAUACAACAUUUACCACAUUUAUUGGCUAUAUGCAAAUAGGUAUAAUAAUAUACAAUGCAAACAUUAGGGCCAAUAGUAAAAACUCUUUUCACAUUUAUAUCCCUAAAAAAAAAAAAAAAGAAGAAGAUAGUAGCAUAUCAAACAUUUACUUUUCUAGAAAUUGAUCAUUUUUGUCACUUCCUCACUAAAUCUAAAUUAAAUCUAUGAAAGUUUCGAAAAAUAUUGCACCAUUAUAUAACAUCUAUCACAUUUAUUGUUUGUAUGCAAAUAAUUAUAAUAAAAUACCAUGCAAAUACAUUAGGGCCAAUUGUAAAAGCUCUUUUCAAACACUGGCCAUAGUGCGCAUCGCGUACGCCGGAAUUCCUAGUCAUACAAAAAGUGUGAAUAUAUAUACUCCGUAGUAUAUAUAGCCUAAAUAAUACUAUAAACUUAGGAAAAAUUACUUCUUAUAAUUCCAACUAAAGUUUAUUAUCUAAUAAUCCCAACUAUGUUAUGAGCCUAUGAGUUAGGGAAGAAAGGUGAA